AGGUUAUACCCGUCCCUCCGUUUUGGCUAAUUCUCUUUAUCUCCGCCACUGAUAGUGUUGUGGCCCGUCCUCAUCCUUCUUCCUCCGAACAAAAUCCCAAAAGGUAAAAGACUGCAGAGUGGGAAAGCAUAUACAACAUGGGCUUUGACGGGCUUGCAUGGAGCGAAAAACAUAUUCUCCCUCAUAGCCACAUUAGUAUGGAUGAUGUGUCCCUCAAAAGCCAUCUUCAGCUCCUGGCCCGAGGUAGAAUUCGAACAGCAAGCGUGUGUGCAGCAUUGACCAGAGAGUUGGAGAAAACUUCCCUUAGCGCCACUCACAGCUCCUUGGUGGCUACCCAAGUCGAGGUGGUUUCAUUGGAGGAGACAAAAAAGGAGCCUGAAGAGGAGAGUGAUACAUUGUUGUCCGACUUGGGCAAAGCUCAGGCAAAGGCAAAACAGGCGGAGACGGCCUUGGCUAUGUCAAAGGAUUUAAGAAUGAAGGCGGAGGAGAGCUACACCCAUGUCUUCGGGGAGAGGCUCGACCUAGUGGAUGAGCUGGCUAAUGUUCGGGACAAAUAUGCAGAACUCGAGGAAUAUGUGGCUGAAGGAAUGGAUGAAAUGUUUGCAAAUUCAAAGGCAUAGUUUCAAGUUAUUGCUGCUGAGGCAGACCUUUCCCUAAUCAGCCAAGAUAAUAUUGUGGUAGACGAGAAGAUCGUCCUGGCUCCCGAGGAUGAUGAGGAGGUUCAUUUGCACGACCCGAAAAUUUCGGAUACAGAGAUCAAUCAAAUUUCCCAAAAUCCCAAGGUCCCCUCUGGGAAUGAGGUCAUUAGUGGUGAGCUCCCUCCUUCUCCGACUAGCCCCAUCGCAGCUGUGCCGAUUUCUGAGUAUGACCCGACUCCUUCCACCCAAGCUGAAGAUACUGUCACAGAAGAGCAGCUUAAUCCUUUGUAAUUCUGUCUUUAGCAGUUUGAAUGGCCCAAUG